UUAUAUCUAAAUAUAAUAAAAUAACUCAUGUUGCUCUUUGAAUAUACUUUUCCAGAGUUUCUGAAAAUCUUCUGUUCAUUCAUUUUAAUCUGUGAUUGUUCUAAUAUAUAUAUUUUGUAUCAAAUUUUAUAAAAAUAAGAUGCAGUCCUUGAUAGCUGUCCUUCCAUGCAAUACUUCUGUAAUCAGCAAUUUUUAACUAUUAUGGAUUUCUUACUAGAAAGACUGUAAUGUCACACUGUCAUGCAAGAAGAAUGACAGAGUGACUACAGUGUAAUGCUGUUUCUUAUCCCCACUUCAAAAUUUUACAUUUUGUGUACCUAAAUCUUUCAUAUGUCUACUAGGAGCAUCUGGCCAGGGUGAAGAGAGAAUCAUAAUUGUGAAGACCACUACAAAGUAGAAAUAAUUUGACAAAAGACUGCUGUGCUGAUUUACCUAGGUGCAGAUUUGCCUUCCUGGCUUGAGGUUACCUACCAGAGUAUGACUGUGUAUAGAGGAUGCUGGUUCUUGCUGGCCUUCUUGCCUCUUCUCUGUACUGGUGACCAGUCAAUAUUUGGCAUAUUAAUGCAGACAGAGCAGCUCAAAAACAUCAUUCACUUAACUGAGCACAUAUUUAUGCAGCUGAUCUCAUGCCCUUGGAGUCUUGAUAGUGAAACAGCUCAUUUCUGUACAGAAAUCUUUGCUUUGCUGCAAGCAUUCAUUUAAAGCUCCCAACUCUUAUAAAGGCCUCUUCAGUGACUGUUGCUAGUCAGGGUUGCCCUGAGGCAACCACUCUUUGAGUCUGUCUGUCUUCAUAAUAUGAUACACUUUUAAUCCAGUAAACCUUGGCACAGCUUUCCAGAACCUCAAGGACCAAACAUGGAACUUGAAGCAAAAGCAGACAGGCGUGGUUAGGAGAUAAAGCUGUUCCUUAGCUUUACAUGUCUCUUACGUGAGGGCAGAAGUAUCCCUCCUCUCCAUCUAGACCUCUGAGCAGUGGUUGUGGGGGGGUGCAAGUCCUCCAACACAGACUAGAAUCUUCAGUUGUGGCACAUUUCAGGGACAGUCAGGACUAGAGGUAGGUUCUUGAUCCUAAAGCCAAAGACUGAGAAACUGGAAUUCUUUGAAAACUGCAACUCUUUUUGUAUUAAAUAAGUAGCUCUCCAGCUCACUGAAGGUCUCUGGUGUGAGAAGUGCCUUGCUUCCCAGCUCUAACUGUGCAGCCUGUGGUGAGCAAACAGCUGUGCAGUGGGAAUCUCCUGCCCACCAUCCACUUCACACCUGGGAUGCAGCUGGCAGGCUUCACCAGGAACUCCCUCCCCACAGGCUUAUGCAGCAUCCUUCCCAGCUGCAACACGCCACAGAGAUUAUCAGAUUUCUGACUGAAAUACUCACAAGAAAUAAUUCUUGUUUAUGAGGCUCUUCUGUAUUUUAAAAACUGGUGGCUUCUGUUACUCUCUCAUUUCAUCUCCCCCUCCUUUUUAAAUUUUAUUUUUUGUUUCCACUGUUGCAGUGCAUGUGCCACAUACAAAGGUGUAUUGGGAUUUUGGAGGAUGAUAUCAGAACUUCAGUGUACGUUUGUAAGGAGGUAUUAAAAGAGCCUGUGGGCAGAUAUUGGAGAUAAUUAGGAACCAGCUGGAACUGCUGCAGGCUCGAGGGAUGUUUGCAGGCUGCAGAACAUUCCUAUGGAAAAUAAAUUGCUCUGUAAUUACAGGCAAGGUCAGUGCAGUCAGUUCAAUGGAAAAGAGAUGGUAGGAGCUGGGGCUUCCUCCCUUGAAGAUCAUUGGAUGACAUUAAUGAGACACAGUUGUUACCACUUUUUAAAUAAAUGUCUCCUGAAGUACAUAUUGUAUCAGUGUUGUCUGCUGUGAGGAUUGUAGCCCUUUCUUGAGAGAGAAGAUUCACUCUUAGUUGGAAGCAUCCAGGGAUUUCAAAGUUUGAGUGACAGGAGUCUUACAAGAUAACCACAGCUAAACUGAAAAGGCAGAUGCAGCUCUGAGUACCGGAUUGAGUGAGCUGGUGUGUACACUGCAUGUACAUGAAAACGCACAUGUUUUUGUCAUCACAUAGACUUACUCUUGCAUAUUCGUAAGAGCUUUGCAAUUGAUGAAAAUUAAUCUGAGAACCAGAUGGAGCACCUUUACAGCACAGAAAUCAGUAACCCAUGGAAGGACACCUGCCAGUAAUGUUCAACUUUCCACAUGGUCUUCACGAGUGAAAAAAGUUUGCAAGAAGAGGAAGAAAAAACACCCUCUCCACAGAAAAUCCUAAUAAAUACCUUUGCAAUCUAAAUCAAUAGCUGCGAGGGAAACAGAAAAAUACAGAGGGUGGAAGAAACAGAUUUUGUUAUUGCAGAGAAAUAAUGUAUGAUCUUUGGCACGUUUUGCUUUGGGCUCAGUAGAUUGUGAAUGGACUAAUAAAUCGUGACCAUAUGUUGAGUAACGAUGACUGGAAGUAAAUAAGUUGAGGAACUAUGGGACAAGUCUGGGCAUUGAACUGAGCAAACCUCAUCAUCCUUCUUGAGUUUACCAGGUCAUCAAACUUCCAUAUUCUUUCUCCCUCUCCUUUUUCCUCUUUUCACUUAGUGUGGUAUAAAUACUAAUUAAUUGAGCUCAUAAAUGUUAUUCAAAUAAAACGAUUGGAAUACUUCAUAUGUUUCCUUCUUGUACAACUGCAAAUGUUGUGUCUGGAACUAUGAAUCCGUGCUGUAGACAAGCAUCAAGAAGGAAAGAUCCGAUCAAACAAGCAAGGAAAAUACCUAGAGAAAUAGUGAACCCAGGAAGUCAGAUUUUUAAUGCUGCUUCUCUUUCUUUUUUAGAUGAUUAUAUUUCUUCCUUCUUUGAAUUUUAGAAGAUUUUGAAAGAGUGCUUACUUGAUGUUCUCUAAUUCUGGCAUUUGUUUUUUACAGUAGAAUGAAAAGUCUGUGAUUCUUUGUAGCAGAAAAAAGGGAGAAGUAAAGGAAAAACAGCUUGACAUUUUAGCCUGUUUUGGAAGAGAGAGAACUUCAUGGUUCACCUGAGGCAAACUUAUCUGCUUUGAAAGCUAAAGGCUUUAGAGCAUUUUUGAUUCUGCUAUAAAUGAAGAGGGAGUUUCUUUUUCAUUCGUGUGUGGCAGCCAAAAGUGGGAAAGCAGGCAAGAUAGCGUGAUAAACAGUUCAGGCUCUUUUGGGUCUCUGGUGGAAAAAAAAGUGCUGCAAUGAAAAUUGGAUUGGCUUUGGAUUGCAAAAACUUUUGAGUCCAACGAGCGGUUCAGUACCAAGAGUGAUUUCCCAACUGGCCUGGCACACCAGUGCCUGCACAAGUUCGGGUCUGUUGUUUCGCAUGGUUUGUGUGCCUUUUUUUCCCUUUAUGCAAUCUCUUUAAGCUUUAGCAGCAGAAAUACAUCAGAUGGAACAGAUAUGCCAGAGGGCAGCUUGGAAAAGAUGAAUGUCAUAUAUAUACAUAUAUAUGUAUGUACGUGUGUUUAAAUUUCUGCAACUGAACUUCUGAAGAAAAUCUGACUGGAGGAAAUCUUAAAAGCCUUAAGUUACUUGAAACCUACACAUUUGCAACUCUUUGUCUCUGGAAUUGCAUUACGCUAAACUGGAAUCUCAGGCUGUAUAAAGAUUAUAUCAAGUUGAGCAAAAAGAUGACUUAACCAUUUCUUGAGCGCCUCUUAUGAAGUAGCUGUUUCUCCAAAGGAUAAGUGCACCCUCACUCUACAGACUCAAAAACAAAAAUGAACCUGAAUUUUUUUUUAAGUGUUACUUUUUCUUAGCCAACUGCCAUCAUCUUUUAUAGAGGAAUUUUUCACUAUGCAUUUGGUGGAUAUUUAUAAACACUGACCCCAUCCUUCUCCCUUUCAAUGAUCUAUCCCAGGUCAGUCUUAUCAAUAAAAAAAAAAAAAUUGAUUUAAAUUUUGUGCACUAGGCAUAUUACUUUCUUAUGUCAAAAAAUAAAAUAUUUAAAAAGCAUGUAUGCAGCAGUGGAACAUGGGCCUGUUCUUUGCAGCGAUUCCAACAUCCUCUGCCUCUCCUGGAAAGGGAGAGUCCCUAAAAGUGAGAAGGAGAAACCGGUGUGCAGGAGGCGGUACUAUGAGGAAGGCUGGUUGGCAACAGGCAAUGGCAGAGGAGUUGUAGGCGUCACUUUUACUUCCAGCCAUUGCAGGAGGGACCGGAACACCCCUCAGAGAAUCAACUUCAAUUUGAGGGGCCACAACAGUGAGGUUGUGCUCGUGAGAUGGAACGAACCAUUCCAGAAAUUAGCAACCUGCGAUGCAGAUGGAGGAAUAUUUGUUUGGAUACAAUAUGAAGGCAGAUGGUCUGUGGAGCUUGUGAACGAUCGGGGGGCACAGGUAAGCGACUUUACAUGGAGCCAUGAUGGGACUCAAGCACUUAUCUCCUACAGAGAUGGAUUUGUGCUGGUUGGUUCAGUCAGUGGACAAAGACACUGGUCUUCAGAAAUAAACUUGGAGAGUCAGAUCACCUGUGGUAUAUGGACUCCAGAUGACCAACAGGUACUGUUUGGCACUGCUGAUGGACAGGUUAUUGUCAUGGACUGCCAUGGCCGAAUGCUGGCCCACGUGCUCCUUCAUGAGUCAGAUGGGAUCCUCAGCAUGUCCUGGAACUACCCCAGCUUCCUGGUGGAGGACAGCAGCGAGAGUGACACGGACUCUGACGACUAUUCCCCACCACAAGAUGGGCCAGCUGCAUAUCCAGUCCCGGUGCAGAACACCAAGCCACUACUUACUGUCAGCUUCACAUCGGGAGACAUCAGUUUAAUGAACAAUUAUGACGACUUAUCUCCUACUAUCAUCCGCUCAGGGUUGAAAGAUGUGGUGGUACAGUGGUGCACACAGGGAGACCUACUUGCAGUAGCAGGCAUGGAGAAGCAAAGCCAGCUGCUUGACCUCAGCAACGGUUCCCUGUUAAAAAGCGCACUUGUCAAGUUCUACAAUGUGCGCGGGGAACAUAUCUACACUCUGGAGACACCUGUGCAGCGUCCCAUCAUCUCCAUUUGUUGGGGUCACAGGGAUUCACGCCUGCUGAUGGCUUCCGGACCUGCAUUGUACGUUGUCAGAGUCGAGCACAGGGUGUCCAGCCUGCAGCUCCUGUGCCAGCAAACCAUCGCCAGCUGUCUGCGGGAUGACAAGGACAUCAGCAAACUGACCCUGCCCCCUCGGCUCUGCUCAUACCUUACCACUGCCUUUAUACCAACAAUCAAGCCUCCUAUCCCAGACCCAAACAAUAUGAGAGAUUUUGUCAGCUACCCAACAGCUGGUAAUGAACGGCUGCACUGCACAAUGAAGCGGACAGAAGAUGACCCAGAGGUCGGCGGUCCGUGUUAUACUCUGUACCUGGAAUACCUUGGGGGACUGGUGCCUAUCCUGAAAGGACGUCGUAUCAGCAAGUUGCGGCCAGAGUUUGUCAUCAUGGAUCCUAAAACAGAUGGAAAAGCAGAUGAAAUCUAUGGAAACAGCUUGAUCUCCACUGUGAUUGACAGCUGCAACUGCUCAGACUCCAGCGAUAUCGAACUGAGUGAUGACUGGGCAGCAAAGAAAUCUCCCAAAAUCAGUCGAGCCAGCAAAUCACCCAAACUCCCUCGAAUCAAUAUAGAAGCUCGCAAAUCUCCAAAAAUGUCUCGAGCUGCACAGGAGAUAUCAAGAUCGCCAAGGUUACCAAUAAGGAAACCUUCUAUUGGUUCACCAAGCCUAACUCGAAGAGAGUUUCCUUUAGAAGAUAUCACUCAGCACAACUACCUUGCUCAGGUCACAUCUAAUAUCUGGGGAACGAAAUUUAAAAUUGUGGGUUUGGCUGCUUUCCUACCAACUAACCUUGGUGCAGUCAUAUAUAAAACCAGUUUGCUGCAUCUUCAGCCCAGGCAGAUGACAAUAUAUCUCCCAGAAGUGCGGAAGAUUUCAAUGGACUACAUUAACCUGCCUGUCUUUAAUCCAAAUGUUUUCAGUGAAGACGAAGAUGAUUUACCAGUGCCCGGCGCCCCCGGGGCCGCUGCCAGCAGCCCGCCGUGCACCGUCAACAUCCCCAUCGCCCCCAUCCACAGCUCGGCCCAGGCCAUGUCGCCCACCCAGAGCAUCGGCCUGGUCCAGUCACUGCUGGCCAAUCAGAACGUGCAGCUGGAUGUGCUGGCCAAUCCACCGGCGGAAUCAGGGGCUGAGGGGGCGGGGCCCUUCCCGGGGGCACCAGGCCGCUUCCCCGGGCCCGGGCCGGGGCCCCUGGCCGGGGGGGACCUGGGCCGCGCCCCCCCCGUGUCCCCCGCCCUGGCCCCACCACCGCCCCCCGUACCUCCCGCCAUUGCCUUGGCCGACCUGCGGGACCACGGCGACCGCGAGCAUGAGCCCCCACCCAAGGCCAAGGCCCCGCGGCCGGGGCCACAGCUGGCAGAAGGGGACACUGUCAUCUUCGGGGCCACUCAAGAGCUGCAGCUGAACAAGAUGAACCCCCCUCCACCCUACCCUGGCACCAUCCCUGCUGCCCCAACCACCGCCCCGCCACCCCCACCUGGCCCUCCACAGCCGCCCCUUGAUCUCUGCCUGAAGAAGGGGGACUUCUCCCUCUUCCCAGCGGGGCACUACCAGACGCCCCUGGGGUACGAGCGGAUAACGACAUUCGACAGCAGUGGGAAUGUGGAGGAGGUGUGCCGGCCACGCACCAGGAUGCUCUGCGCCCAGAGCACCUACACCCUACCGGGCCCUGGCAGCUCUGCCACCUUGCGCAUCACCGCGGCCGAGAAGAAGAUGCAGCAGCCCUGCACCAGUGCCACCUUGAACCGGCUCACGGUCCCCCGUUACUCUAUCCCAACUGGGGACCCACCACCCUACCCUGACAUCGCCAGCCAAUUGUCCCAGGGCAGGAGCAUCACGCAGAGGCUGGACAGCAGCAUAAUUCAUGCAACUCUGCGGAGGAACAGCAGAGAGGCAGCCCUGAAAAUGGCUCAGCUGGUGGAUGGUCAGAGAGCCACCUUGCAACUUCCCCCAAAAGCCAAGAACAACGUUGUGACGGCGCAGUACCAACAGAGAGUACCCACCGCCUUGUACACCUGCAGCCAAUGCAGCAGCAGUGGCAGUGGCAGCAGCAACAACACAAGCACUGGUGGUGUGGGCAACAUCACUGGUGCCAACGCUAGUAACAGCACUUCCAGUAUUGGUGGCAUGAGACCUGAUCUGAGCACCGGGGGUGGCUCCCAGCACAGCUCCAUCAUUGCUCACUCUGUCAGUACUUCACCUCUGGCCUCCCAGUCCUCCUACAGCCUGCUGAGCCCACCUGAGAGUUCCCGUGACCGAGCAGAUUAUAUCAACUCUGCCUUCACGGAGGAUGAGGCCCUUUCUCAGCACUGCCCGGUGGAGAAAUCCAUACGGCACAUACCUGUGUCCUUGGCGGAAGCUGCCCUCAGUAUAAAACGGCCACCGCCUUACCAGUGGGACCCUAUAGUGAGUGAAGAGAUAUGGGUUCCUCAGGAAAGGACAUCUCAGAGCUCGGUGCCCAACCCUCUAAAACCUACUCCUCUCAUCAUUGGCCAAGCUCAACAUCUGGAUAUGUCUCGAGUACCAUUUGUUUCCCCCAAGUCUCCAACAAGUCCAACUGCCACUUUCCAGACAAGUUAUGGGGUUGGCGUACCUUACCCAGGAAGCUACAGUGCCCCUCCCCUUCAGGGAAUGCAGCCUCCCUGUUCCCCCAAAGAAGCUCUGGCCCCCACACAGUUUGCACAGCAGGAGCCCACAGUUGUGCUUCAGCCAGGUUAUCCGUCCAACCUCUCCUAUUGCUCCUUGCCACCCAUGUACCCGGGAAGUAGCGCUUGCUCUAGUUUACAGCUGCCACCGAUCGCCUUGCACCCGUGGAGCUCCUACAGCACUUGCCCACCUGUACAGAACCCCCAGGGCACGUUGCCUCCCAAGCCACUCCUCGUGGUGGAAAAGCCAGUGAUGUCUCCCCCACCGGCAGAGCUGCAGGGCCACGUGGGCACAGAGGUAAUGGUGGAGACAGCGGACACCUUCCAGGAGGUGCUCUCCUUGACGGAAAGCCCUGUUCCUCAGAGGACAGACAAAUUCAGCAAGAAGAGCCGGAAGCGCCUGGACAGUCGAGCCGAGGAAGGAAACGUGCAGGCGAUCACUGAGGGCAAGGUCAAAAAGGAGGCAAGGACGCUAACUGACUUCAAUUCGCUAAUAUCCAGCCCUCGGCUGGGGCGGGAGAAGAAAAAAGUCAAGAGCCAGAAAGACCAGCUGAAGUCCAAGAAGCUAAACAAGACGAAUGAGUUUCAGGACAGUUCGGAGAGCGAGCCAGAGCUUUUUAUCAGCGGGGAUGAACUGAUGAACCAGAGCCAGAGCAGCAAAAAGGGUUGGAAAACCAAAAGGAGUUUGAGGACAGCCAGUGAGCUGGACGAAUUCAAGUGCAGGAAGGCCAGCGAGAAGGAGGAUGGGAGGCUGGGGAGCCAGGGCUUUGUGUAUGUGAUGGCCAACAAGCAGCCGCUGUGGAAUGAGGCAACGCAAGUCUACCAGCUGGACUUUGGAGGGCGGGUGACCCAGGAGUCAGCAAAAAACUUCCAGAUUGAGCUGGAAGGGAGACAGGUGAUGCAGUUUGGAAGGAUUGAUGGCAAUGCUUACAUUUUGGACUUUCAAUAUCCAUUUUCUGCAGUGCAAGCCUUUGCCGUUGCUCUGGCUAAUGUGACUCAACGCCUCAAAUGAUAAGGAGGGACUGGAGAGAGGAAAAUGUUGACCUUCUCAUGAAGUCCAAUCCGGAAAAUGUCAGGGCAGCCUGCGUUAGGUGUGCAGAGGUGCCUGGGAGCGAAGAAGACAGUAAAACUGGAAGAGUCUUUUGGUGCCCAACAGAAGGGCAUUAACUCUGAUCAGUCACGGGGUGGAGGGUGGGGGGCUGUUUUCUGUUUUGGUUGUUCGUUUGUUUGUUUUCAGGUGUUAUUUUUUUGUUUGUUUGUUUGGGUUUUUUCUUUUUUUUUUUUUUAAUUUUUUAAAUUUUCUUUUUGAGCGUUGUGCUAGGUCUCAGAAAGAGCAAAGGGUUGAGAGCCAUUCGGUGUUACGUGGAGAAGUGUGGCUUGUGGUGAUUCUGCCGUGUUUGCUACAGUAGCUGAUGUAAGCUCAUAGGGGGAUUAAAGAAGACUGCUCUUUUUGAUAGACUGCCUUAUAUCACGCCAUUCUUUUUAAAACAGGAAACAAAACUUUUUUUUCUGGUCCAGUUUGUACUACUAUUACUACUACUCUACUACAUCUACUACAGUGAUAGCAGCAAAAAAAAAAAAAAAAAAGAAGCUAUAAUACUUGAAGACACGUGUUUCUUCUCUGAUCUUUGAAAAUAACUGAGUACCACAAGUUCCAAGGAGGCUUACAUAGGUCAAUGUUUUAUUUAUAAAUAAUGAUGCAUUAUUUGGAAAAGAAACAGUUGUUACCCAUGAGUGUUUUAAAAGCUCACUAUAUCCAAGAAGUUGAUGUCUGCUUGUUUUGUGUGCUGUUAUUGGAGAUAAACAUCUUUCAGUAGGUGACAGAAAAGAGAGGAGGAAAUGAUUAUGAGCAUUGCUUCUUUUGUUAUUGGGGAUAAACUUCUUUCAGUGCCAGAAAAUAGGGGAGGAACUAAUCACGAAUGUUUCUUCUUUGCUGAUAUUGAUCAACAGUAUUCUCCGAUUUGGCCCAUAGUUGGGAGAGGUACAGUGUGACCAGACAGACCUCUGAGGCCACGCCCGUACAUGCUCCUCAUUUAAAUGUGUUUACACUUUAUAAACAAAGUCUUUCAAGGGAAUGAGGAGGCCCAGUGUAUUCAGUCUUCUUAGCAAUCAGUAGGAAUCAAGUUCUACAGCAGUGUAGCAGUGCUUGAAUUAAGAAGGCAACAGAAGUAUAGCAAGUCAUUACAGGAAGCAAUUUAAUCGGCAAAGCAAUUUCAUUACAGAAAACAACAUCAUGUCUGGCUGGAGAACAAAUGAGUUGAAAGAGGAAGAAAAAAUUGGACAGAAUCAUCCCUUUUAUCGCCUGGCUACUUGAGUAGCCUUUGUGACUGGUUUGAGAAUAUAAUGCUCCAGCUAAGAGUGGGAAGCCAAAGUACAUGGAGUGUGACAGAGGAAGGCUUAAUAAUGGUAGCCUGACUCUCUGCAGUUCUUUCUGGUAGCCAUGGAGGCCUGUUGAGCAUUUCAGAAGGACUGCUUGCACAGAAGAGUUUCUGUGUUGUCCAUGUGUUGUGCACAUAUUUAUUUGCUUUCUCUCUUCACUCCUUGCCUGCAUUUUGCUACAGAACAUGUUUUGAUAUGGAAGUAGUUUCCCCAAUAAUACACAAAACCCAAAACUACUUAUAAUUGUUUGGACAUUAUAUUGUAAAAUGUAACUGCAGAUUUCCUUCAGAAAUUACUCUUUUGAAGUGAAAGGCACACUAAGGCAGAUGUGUUGGCUGAGGGGACGAUGGCUGAUUUGUCUGUGUCCUUCAUCCACAGUUGAACUUCUUACUUGAAAAGCCUGGUGUAACUUAAGAUGAAUGGGCGUGAUUUUCUCUUUGCUUUUCUUAAAUCUUGAAUGUAGGGCAGAUGUGUGUUGCAUUUGAUUCUUUCUAGAGGAACAUACCACAUAAGACAAGACCUUGCUGUAGUAGAAGACACCAGCGUUCAGGGAGCUUGUAACUUCUGCUGUGCGGAGGCUUGUAGACCUGUACAGCACAGAGGGAGUGAUGCCAGUCAGGAGUUCCAGAGCUGCCAAGGGACAUGACAAGGCAGGUCAUCCACGGGUAAUGUCCCAACUAGGUGAGUCCAGGAAAAACCUCCUGUGAGGUGGUUUCCAUGGAGAGAGGAAGCAGAGGCAGGAAGGAAGGAAGGAGGGGGAAAGGAGAUAGUACCAUGCCUGCAUUAUCCCGAAGCUCGGCAGCUUCUGCUUGUGUGUGGGAGUGGUCAGGCACAACAUUCCCCUUGACAUCUAGCAGAUUGUUGUUUGAUUUAACUAAUUAGUUUUGUUGACUUUCCAUCAGUUGUCUGGGCCCAUUUGUAUUCUUUUUCAUGUGCAAGAUUUAUUCAGCAGUUUGAGUGCCUGUAUGUAUAAUGUGUGUGGAACAGAGGAACUGAAAUGGGUUCAGUUCUGGUCCCUUUAAAAUCAAUGGAAGUGUUUCCCUUGGAUUUUUGUGGAGAAAACACUAUUAAGUCCUCUGUCUAUAUUAAGUUAUACUCUGUACUAACAGUAGGUGGAAUUCUCAGUCUACUGAUUCCAUCACACAAGGAGGAAAGUUGGCUGAUGAGAGGCCUUACCUGACCCUGAUUAGAAUAUAACAGGCACAUACUGAACACCAUAAGAGGAGCAGCGUACCAUGGCUUGCUGGCUCUUUUGCUCAUGUUAGAAAUCUUCUGCUGGGAGGAACAUCACCUGUAGUUUUAAGCCAAAAUUCUUGUUAUAUGGAAACAACUUGAAUGUUUUUUCUGAACAAAAUCUAAUGUAAAUAUAGAAGGACUUCUGCAUGCAGUUUCUUUAACCUCCUAGGGAACAGUAUUCCGCUUCACUUGGUUCAUUGCCAAAUUUUUUCAAUUAUCAGCAGGUUUGUGCUAGUGAAGAGUCAAGAAAUGAAACUGAUACACUAAGUAUCAGAGUUAGUGAUUUGGUUUCACUGGCCCAGGUCCUGUUUGUGUCCUGAUGGUAUUUACAAAGAGAUUUGGCAUAGAAGAGACCUGGUUUCUGCCCCAGCAAAGCACAAGGAAUAAUUAUCAUAAAUUAGGAAAAUAAAUGCAAUUUCCAACAUCUUUCCUAUUGACUUGUUAGAAAAUGCUACAGGGAAAGAUAAUAUUUUUUCUUUUCGAAAAUAAUUUAACAGUCUCUUUAACCAAGGAUUUUAAUGGUGCAGAGAAUACCCAGUAUUAGAGAGAGAAAAUACUCUCAAAUACUUAGAAUUUUAGUAAAAAGAAUGGGAACUAUGUAAAUAUUUGUGUGUGCAACUGCAUCCUAAAUUAUACAAAGAACAAGUGAAAGAGACAGGGUUUUUUUGUUUUUCAUUGAGAUACAAUAUAGGAAAGAAAAUUAAAAGCCCCCCAAAAUAAUCUCUUAAAUCCUGAAGAUCAGUAUUGCAUUCAGACAAAAGACAGAUGUUACAUUUUAUAUUUCUUUAGGAAAACCCAGGUUUUAUCUAGGUAACUAAGUUAUUCUAUGAAGAAUGUAGCAAAGCGUUCAGAAGUAUCUUGUUCCUUUAUACAGACAGUACUUUCCAGUAGUUAAGUAUGGUUUUUCCAAAGCUUUUUUUUGUUGUGCAAUAAUUGUGACAGUCUAAGGGUUUUAUGUUUUUUGGGGGGGUUUCGGUAUUUGGGGUUUUUUUGCUUGUUUGGGGCUUGUUUUGGUUUGGGGGUUUGUUUGUUUGCUUGGGUUUGUUUUUUUGUUUUUGGUGGGGUUUUUUUAGGGACUUUUGAGUGUUUUGUUUUUUUUUUUUUAAUAAUUUAAUGCAGAUUUGCUGUUAAUGUCCAAAAGACAAAUUAUUUAUCUUGUGUAAUGUAAUAAGUGAUUUAGGUAUUAUUUUAUUACUAUGGAUCAGUGAGUUAUACACACUUUCUUAUUUAUAUUUAAAGAGCAUCUUUGUAAGUAGUUAUUUGCUAGCAGUAUGUUUUGCUGCAAGAAGUUAAAAAUGCAUAUAGGAAGACCUGGUUUUGUUGGAUAGUAUACAAAAUUUCGUAAUGCAGGCAGGCGAAAAUAUGUUUUUGGCAGCUGAACACAGUGAGUUUGCUCUGGAGGACUGUGUAGACUACAAAGAGUGUAGAUGACUUCUUUGGGACCUGCCGAAAUCUGUGCUUCUCCACUGUUUUCCUCCUGUGUUUGUAACUAUGUAUUUCAGUUGGGAAUGGUUUUAAAAAUACAAGACUUGAUUUGUUUCCCAUCUUCUUAGUACAGUGCUUUUUCCUGAGAUAUAAAAUAAGCUGGGUUACAUGAUAAAAGAGGCUAUAACUAUGGAGGCUCAGUUUGCAAGAAGUUUAUUGCAUAGUUUGGUAGGGUUUGGCAAUGGCAUAAUUUAGUGCUGUGCAGAGAUACAAGCGAAGUCACUUGGAAUAAGCUAGCAGAGGCAGGAGAAAUAGUGUAGCAGUCGAUGCAUUUUCCUCUGCUCUGACUAGUAACACUCCUCCUUCAGCUGGGCUCAGCUGACUCCAGCACAGCUGUCCUGCUCCUGAUACCUGAGCUAGUGCUGCACAGAGCUGGUGGAGCUGAGCCCUGAUGCUGCAUGCAGAAGCUUGGCCUCUUCAACAUGCUCCACUGGAGACAUGAUGUAGCAGAUGUUCCAUCACUCAUCCUCCUAGGUCUGCUCCAAGAGCAGCGUGAAGCUGCCAUGGGGUUGGCUGCAGCAGCUUUGGGCAGAGAAAGCCCCGAUGCCAGCUGGUGGCCAUGGUGGCCAGUUGAAGUCAGAAUCUGCUCCACUGGAGUUGCAAAGAGAUGCAACAAGAGAACGUGAUUCUUUUGAAAAAAUGUGGCUGAUAUCCUCAAAAUAUAGCUGCUGCUAACAGAGUCUAAAUAUCGAUAAUUCACAUCUGGUGUGAAGUGCAGCAUGCAUGGAGUGGCAAAUUUUAGCUUGAGACAGUGAGAAUAUUGUGUUUCUGCAAUAUCAUAUUUCUGCAACACCCUAAGAAACUAUGAGAAGGAGGAGGAGAAAGAGGAAAAAAAAGGAUUUAUUGUGUUAGUAAUUUUGCUCUCAGUUCCAGAGGUAGCAGUAACAUGUGCAUUGGCUGCCUAAAUAUUGGUGAAUAUGCACACAGAUUCAUCUCACUUAGAUAAACCUGUGAUGCAACCACAGGUAAAACAAUUCCACAUUUCUCUUUCCAGUUUUGUUCCAUUGUUUUUAUGAAGAUGUGUGAAGGUGUACUGGCGUCAGACAAACAUAUCUGGCUUCGCUGAAGCCUUGAGCCAGGACCUUCCAUAGGUCAAGCCUUUCCUUGAUGGGUCUUUUUAGUGUUCUUUCAGAAAUUCCAGACAGAUUUGGGAGCUUGACUGAUUGUUGCUUCAGACCAUUCUUGUGCAUUUGCUUUUUGCAGCCUGGUAUGUGUGAUCCUAAGUUAUCUUGGUGCCCUAUUAACUCUCAGAAACAGUAUAAAUCCUGCUAUGAAGAGAGCAACCUGUGCAAAAACUGCUUUGAUUGAGAGAAAGGGGAGAAAAGACAGAGUAAGUUUUCACUAGCUUUAAAGAAUGUGUUUCCCAGAGCAACAAUUUGGAAAUCGUGCAUUUCUGCAGAGCCCAAACCACUCCAGACCAGUAAAUCCAACUUGGAGAUUAGUACAGAUGAGUCACUUGCAUGCUGUGCUGACAGAGAGCCAACUUCUAGCCUCACUACAUGGUUUCAGCAAGAUACGCAAGAGAGUAGAAUCCAACCCAAAAUGUACUUUCCCCUUACUGUGUGAUUAUACAGUAACAAUUACUUAUAUAACCCAUAUAUCCAUUUAAUAAAAUGAUAGAGCAUUAGCCAACAACUAUACUGACGGUUCUGUAUAGUCCCCUGGAAGAAUGCUAGAAGUAAAAUCCUGGCCACAGAGUAGCUGUUCAGAUUUUUGCCCUUUAUUCCCAUUUCUAGGAUUCCAUCGCAGGAGGUCAAGCUGCUUAUGUUAUUUAGAGAUCAGCAUAAUGGCUUUCCCAGUGUAAGAGGGCAAGUGUUAGCAUACUGCUGACAAAAAUGGAAAAAUUAUGGUAGAUAAAUUUUUCUGUUUUCAAGUCCUUUCACUUUGAAGGCAAGCACAGUCCUCCAUCAGCAAAUACCAGUUCAGAGCCCUGCUACCCUCAGGAGUAGUCUGCAGGUAGGCACCACAGGUCUUCUUUGCAGGAUGGGAAUUUACAUGCAUCGUUCUCCAAGGAAGAAGAUUACUUACUGCUUGUGAAUGGUGGGCUAUGUGAAUAGUUUUGUCUUUGUAUUUAUUUAAUUUUCAUCUAAAAAAAUCCUGCAGAGAAGUUUUAAGAUUUAAAGACUCAGCUUUGCGUGUUGCCUGAUAUCAGGAGAUAAUUUCUUUGGGCAGUUUGAUUGUUGCUGCAUCUAGAAAACCAGAUUUUUAAGACAAAAGCAAUUAACCAAAUAAAAGAAUGAAAUAGGAUUCAGUGAAGCAAUUCUUGCUAAGAAAAUUUAAGACUUUACUCAUCACCUUUUGAUUUUGCAAAUGGACCUACCAUAAGAAAUUUGUGUUUCAAGGCAAAUUGAUCGUUGUGCAGUACUAUGCAAGCGCACAGGUUUGCUGAACCAGAGCUGGCUGCAGGAUCAAAACAAUGUGAUUUUGUGGGACUUAAAUAGUGAAAACACCAGAUACUUACCUAUCCAUAGCAUUCAAUUAAAAAAUUAGAUGGUAUGAUGCUAAAGCCUGCCAGUUUAUUUUUAAUCGUUGCCCUCCAAUUUACAUUUUUAAAAAUUUAAAAAUAUGAGCUAAUUCAGCAAUUCUGAAUCCUGACAAAUGUCUGUUUGUGGAAUGUUUAUCAUACAGGUCAAGUUGAUGGUCAAGUGGAUAUGGAUUAAGAUUAAAGUAAUAAUAAAAGAGAAGCAUUUUUGAACUGUGUGCAGACACCUGAGUUUCAAGUAUUUUGGAAUAGUGCUCAGCUUUUAAUUCUACCUAUGUUGUUUCAAGCUAUUUGUUCAGAACUUUCCUACUUUUCCCUUUCUGGUUGUAUGUUUGAUACAUGUUUUGCCUUUGGUUUCCUUUCUUUUCACUAUUUCUGCAUUCACUGCAUCUUUUUGUGUGUUGUGCGUUGGGGGAAGGGUAUGUCUGUUCAAGAUCUCGUUGUUUAUUGUAGAUAAAAUAUAUGGUGUUGUGGAUUAGCAUGGGGAUGCAUUUGAUUGAAAAGGCACUGUGGUGUUUCCUGAAAAAGAAGGGGAGUUACAUUUGUUUAUAAAUGCAUUUUUUUGGUACUAUAACUUUGAACAUUAUUUGGGAUUUUUUUCUUUUUUUUUCCUUUUUUUUUUCCUUCUUAAUUUAAUUAGCAUAUAGUCAUGCAGGUGCAUGCGUUCUUAAGCUAGCAAGCCCGGCAUGUUUUUCUUAAGGUUUUUGAAAAUUUGGUACACAAUUUGUGAACUUUUACGUACCUUUAGUAUUUUUUAAAUACAUUUUUUGGAAUCUCAAGUUUGUUUUGUUUUUUUUUCCUCCUCAGUAUACCAUGGUAUACCUGGUUUCCAUUGUACUUAAAGACUACCCUGAUCUGCCUCUCCUUUGAUGUAUCUUGUGUAAUAGGUUUUGCAGGAGGUGCCUAGAAAGCAUUGUUGGUUUCCCUAUAAAAAUGUGGUUUGUCCAAAUUCUUUACUGUCUACAUGACUGAGAGAUGGACUGAUUGCCCUAUUUUUCCUUGAUGAUUUGGAGUUGUAAGAGUUGUCCAGCUGUUGCUUAAUAAACUUUUGCAGACUAGAAAA